AUGAUCACAUCAAACUCUAAAUACAGACCCAGCCUUAACUGGAUAUCUCCCCACCAAAGUUCAAACGGCAUUACCGACAUCAUCUCCUUUCUCCCCCACGCUGCACAACUAGAGCUGCAGAGGCAGCUCGCAUUCACGACGGCAAUCUUUACAAAGAAAAGAAAGCUCUCCCCACCGCCUAUCCCGGAGCAGGAUACCAAUCACGACCGCGAUAUCCCCUUGGCUUCCGUGGAAGUUGCGCGGGCUUCAGACCCAGACGACCCUCCCCUCUUCGAAAGCCCCGAUUCUGACCCAGCUCUUCCUCUUCCUCCGAUACCCUCAUACUUACAAACACCAUCUUUCUCAGGAGCCGACUAUAGUUCGUCUACCGCGAGUUCACCCAGUGCGGCAUACGCUGGUCUCUCCAUUGAGAGCGAGAGAGGCGCAGACACAUCAGCCGCAUCUCAGCGAGGUUCAUCACUUGCCCCGACAAACAGCCAUAGGAGUCUAUCGCCUGUAGGAAACUUUGCUAGAAAGACGAUAAUGGGCGGGGCUGCUGAAAACUCGCAGAGGUCGUCUUCACCGUUGAAGAGAAGGGCAUCGGAUUUGGAGGAUCCAUCUGAGAUAGCGACGACUAAGCCAGAUGUUGAAAUGACCAAUGUUUCCGAUGUGGAACCGUCUAACGGCGUAGAAGCUUCAGAGAAUGCAUCUGCAGUUCGGACAUCGACUCAGGCGAAAGCUGCAGAUGAGACCCCUCUCAAAUCUGAGCCAAAGUCCCCGAAUACUGAAGCAAAACUCAAAUCUGAGACCGAGGUGCCGCCUAUUGACGCCCAAAUAAAAACCGUCACAGCCAUCGCAGAAGCUAGCAGAGAAUCCGCGCUACAAGAUGGGGAUCAGGCGUACUUAGUCUCCAAACGAUGGCUCAAACGUGUCAUGGAGAGAGGCACAGAGUCGAGACAGAACAGCAAGAUCCAACCAGAGGGAGAGAUUGGACCUGUGGACAAUUCGGACCUUAUCCAACAAAUCAUAAAGGACGCUGAUGGCAACGACUUUGUCCAGCUUAAGCCAGGAGCUUUUGAGAGCCUCGAGCUGUUUCCCAAGGACGCCUGGGAUCUUAUUGUUGAAUGGUAUGGCAUCAUGCCGGGUUCAAUUCCCAUAGUUCGAGUUGCGCAUAAUACCAACCCAGACAAAAAUGGCAUUCCCAACGUAGUUUACGAAAUCAAUCCUCCGGUCUUUAGGGUCCAUAGGUUAUGGGGGGAGAACAAUCCAAUCCACAUCCCACAAAUCCUCAAAACAUCCAACCCAGGAACGCCAAUAUUUGUUUGUAGCACAUCUAACAAAUAUGUCGAUUUCUUGGAGAAAAUCAAGGAGAAGGCUAGUAUAGAGAAAACCAAAAAAGUCAGGAUUUGGCGGGUACCAAGGCUACUUCCAGCUGCCAAUCCAUCCACUUCAGCUCCAGAUAGUGCUACUCCGCCAUCAUCUCGACCGGGCUCACCCACUUCCGCCAAUUCUCUUCCUAAUCGCCAGCCUCAGGAUUCCUGGAACCAUCUAUUGCUCGAUGUCACCACGUUCCUUAAGCUUCCUAAUGGCAACGGCAGAGAACUGGUUGAACAACGUGAUGUCAGCGCAGAUACCAACUACAACGGUAGCAUCAGUUUAGCUGUUGUUGGUUUAGGAGAGGAUCAGUCAAUUGUCAUUGACGAGCAAGUUGAUAACCAAUCUUUUGUUUCUACACAUACCUCGAAAGGAUCUACAUUAACUUCCACGGCUAUGACCCGCAGUGGCGUGUCUCAGAGCGCACCGACGAGUGGUCGAAAUAGCCCAGGACCAUCAGGUCCCAUGACACGGGGAAGAACGCAGAAAAGCGGUAGAACACUCGGAACAGUCGGUUUGAGCAAUUUGGGAAACACAUGUUACAUGAACUCUGCGCUCCAGUGUGUUCGCAGUGUGGAGGAGCUGACAAAAUAUUUUCUAAGUGGCACCGCCAAGAAAGAACUCAAUUACGAUAAUCCACUGGGAAAUCACGGUAACGUCGCGCUCGCAUAUCAGCGUCUGUUGGAGGAAAUGUACAAAGAGCCUGUCCCAGCUUCAACUGCGCCUCGUCAAUUCAAAACGACUAUCGGAAAAUACGCCCCUUCUUUCUCCGGAUAUGGUCAACAAGAUUCCCAAGAAUUUCUUGGAUUUCUCCUGGACGGUCUCCAAGAAGAUUUAAGUCGUGUCAAGAAGAAACCGUACAUUGAGAAACCCGAUUCUACAGAUGAAAUGAUCAACAAUCCAGAUCUCAUUCGAGAGAUGGCUGCGAAGGUUUGGGAGAUUACGAAGUUGCGGGACGACUCCGUCAUAGCAGACUUGUUCACUGGCAUGUACAAGUCGACCCUAGUUUGCCCAGAAUGUUCCAAAGUUAGCAUUACGUUCGACCCCUUCAACAACCUGACUUUGCAACUACCAAUUGAAAACUCAUGGCAACACAAUGCCUUCUAUUUUCCAUUGAAUGACCCUCCCGUAACUAUCUCAAUCGACAUGGACAAGCAAGGCACUAUUUUCGCAAUGAAGCAAUUUAUCAGCAAGAGAGUAGGUGUACCUCCUGAGAGAUUAUUCGCGGCAGAGGAGUUCAAGAGCAAGUUCUACAAGAUAUUCAAGGACAAACAAGUAGCUUCCGAGGAGAUCUCAAGUAACGAUGUUUUGGUGGUCUACGAGAUCGAGGACAAGCCAACGAAUUGGCCUCCACGACGAGUUAAAAGAGUCAAGUCUCACAUGAACUUUGGAAACAACGACUCCGAAGAUGACGACGUGCCCAGCUGGGAUGAUCCGAUGGCUGAGAAAAUGCUCGUACCCGUGUUCCAUCGACGACCGAAUCCAGAACGUCUCAACCGCUUCAAGAAAGCAUGGGUUCUCACACCUGCCCCACAUUUUAUCGUCUUAAAUCCCAAAGAGGCACGGGAUCUCGAAAGCAUCAAGAGGAAAAUUCUUGAGAAAGUCGCUACAUUUAGUACCUCGACUGAAUUUCAGGAAGACGAAUCAACAGAUGCCAGUGUAUCGGACAGUGUCGCUUCUGAUAUUGUACUUACUACAGGCUCUGACGCGGAUUCUUCUGGGGAUGGUAAAGUAGUGGCGAGCUCUAUUGACGGCGAAGAUGAGUUGGUAGAUGUUGCCAUGAAGGAUGCUAGUGCAACUUCGGUAAAAGCUACCAAUGGUACAGAUAAUUCAACCUCGUCAGAGGCCGAUAAACAAUUCACACCCCUCCGAGCGUUUAACAAGAGGCGGCCCAAGCUCCUUGACCCUAGUUCUCAUUUGAAUCCACGUCUUCAAAACAUGUUCAGCUUGGGUCACUUUGCAGCCGAUAAGGAGAUGAUACCUUCUGGCUGGAAUUGUGUUGACGAUGACAAGAGUUACUCUCCACUGAGCGAUCGUCUUCCUAAGGUGAAGUCAGCUUCAGACAACGGUUCCGAAGAGUUCGAGCUCGACAGCCCGCGAGGGAACUCUGAAAGCAGUAUUGAGGACAACAGCUUUCGCAGCGAUGUGCAGUCAAAUCAGACUCGGAUGAAUGAAGAAUCAAGUGAUGAGGACGAGCUUGCGCGCCCUCAACCUACCAGAGCUCUUCCUGUCCGUUCAGUUGGUGGGGUCAGAGUAAGCUUUAACAAACGUCGCGCACAUCGUAACAAGAAGACUUACUCAAAGAAGACCAACCAGCAGGAUAUAAAAUCACCUGAUGUCGAUAGUGACCUCGAAGAAGCUCCAACCAAAGAUCAAGGCCCGCUUGUUCGACUGGGAGAAGGAAUAGUCGUUGAUUGGCACCCUGACGCUUGGGAAGCUUUGUUCGAUGGGACUCCUGGGGAUACAAUGAGAGGCUGCGAUACUACCAGUAGUAUCCCCACCUUACCGGAUCCUGAAUUGGAGGCCAAGAAAGCAGCCCGUCAAACCAGAAGGAAGAAUGGCAUUACGUUGGAAGAUUGCCUGAAUGAAUUUGGCAAGGAGGAGAUAUUGUCGGAGAUGGACACUUGGUACUGUCCACGAUGCAAAGAGCAUCGGCGAGCAAGCAAGAAAUUCGAGUUGUGGAGAACGCCUGACAUUCUUAUAAUGCACCUCAAACGAUUCAGUUCUAGUGCCAUGCGACGCGAUAAGCUUGAUGUGAUGGUUAACUUUCCAGUUGAAGGUCUGGAUCUUACCUCGCGGGUUAUUGAAACUCAAGACGGCAAGCAGGAGAUUUAUGAUUUGAUUGCGGUUGACGAUCAUUGGGGUGGACUUGGCGGCGGGCACUAUACGGCCUUUGCAAAGAGCUAUGUUGAUGGGGACUGGUACGAGUAUAAUGAUUCGUCUGUCACCAAAACGAAUAACCCCAACUCAGUCGUCACGCAGGCAGCAUAUCUACUCUUUUACCGUCGGCGAUCAAGUGAACCACUUGGUGGUCCAAAGUUGAAACAGAUCAUAGAUGCUUAUGAUAAUCAUCAAGAUUCACAAGACGAAGAAACAGGAGAUUCGGGGGAAGACCAGGGCCUCGGCGGAAAUACCUUCCUGAGUGGGUCGUCGAGCGCCUUGACAGGAGCAGGAGCAACUCACCGUCGGCCAAAUCAUGGUUCGGCUAGUGCGGGAGUGACAACAAUUUCCCCCGCACAAUUGGAGAGCUUACCUGCUUACAAAUCCCACGAAGAAAACGAUGAAGAUGCAGCACCACUUCUUGCUGACGAUGCAAUGAUGAAUGAUGGUAUACCGAUGAACAGUAUUGAGGAAGAUGAAGGUAUUAGUAUGGAUGAAGACGGCAUGGGCUUUAACAACAUGAACUACAAUACAAUAGGGUCUGCUCCUCCCAACUAUAACAUGAGCCAAUGGAAUUUCAAUGGAUUGGCCAAUGGGCGUGGCCAAGUAUCAGGAACUGGUUCCGACGAAAUGGACGAUGGAGCCAGCGAUAAAGUUAACAUGAACUCUUCGGCUAGCGAUGCUUCUAGGGAAGAUAGACUUCGAGACUUUGAUGAUUCAGUUCCCAUGGAAGACGGUGUCCCUUUCGAAGAUCAGUGUCCAGUUCCUGAUGCUUCCGACGAGCAGCAAGCCACUAUCAUCGACAUGCACCAUACACUUGCGGAACACAGGCUUAUUGGAGAGAAGGGGCUAGGUCCCUUCCACGUGGAGUCCGGACUUGACGAUGAUGAUGAAGAGCCUGCUGCAGAGAUUCAUGUUGACGACGAGCCAUGGAAAGCGGAAUGA